UCACAGUGAACGGACGUGUAUAGAGCGAGCUCUGUUGUGCCAUUCAUGUGAUCCGGGUUACUCUAGCCACAAUACAGUGAAUAGUGUAGAGUGGUGACAACAAGUGGUGCUGUAGGCGCUAACUAUCCCAGAAGCCGUGUGCUACUCUCAGAUACUCGUGUUGGCGUAGAGCCACGUGUAAAUGCAGUGCUAAACUUCCCUGUCUGCGACGAAGGACACCACCAUUGCCGGCGUGAAGGCGUACAGUGCCCUGGCAUCGGGCGCUGAGCAACCUACGGCGGUGGAGGGAACUCGGAGUGUGUGGGAGCGCCGGUGGGGGAGCAGACACGAGCCCAUAUCCUGCAAGGAGCCCCGGGAAGCCGCAACACUGGAGUACUACAGCAGCGCGGCCCUCAAGCCCUCCACCAUGCUGACCCUCGACCCUCCCGACCUCAAGGGCGGGAGCUUACACUCCGCACACCUCCCUCCCCAUUCCUCCCACUCCCAUUCCGUUCCCCACACUGUGUCCCACGCCCACCACAACUCCCACUCCCACACAUACUCCCUGUCCCACCAUUCCUCGUUGACGUCGCUCAAUUCGUCCCUCAGUUCGUCCCUGACGAGCCCCUCCCUGGCCUCCGUGGGCAGCAUGAGCGCCCACUCGCCGCCCCAGACACACGUCCCAACCCCCACCAACAACAACAACAGCAGCACAAACAACAACAACAACGGCUCCUCCACCAACAGCUCUAGCAACAGCACCAGCAACAGCAAGAGCAACGCGUCCUCCUCGAGCGCCGCCGCCGAGCGCGUCAAGCGGCCCAUGAACGCCUUCAUGGUGUGGUCGAGAGGCCAGAGACGCAAGAUGGCCCAGGAGAACCCCAAGAUGCACAACUCGGAGAUCUCGAAGCGCCUCGGGGCCGAGUGGAAGCUGCUGUCGGAGACGGAGAAGCGGCCGUUCAUCGACGAGGCCAAGAGACUGCGCGCCGUCCACAUGAAGGAACACCCCGACUACAAGUACAGACCUCGGCGGAAGACAAAGACCUUAAUGAAGAAGGACAAGUACCCCCUCGCUUCCGGCCUCCUCCCGACGGACCCCACCCGGCCUCCCGUGCAACAGGUGACCCGUGACAUGUACAACAUGACCAACGGGUACAUGCCCAACGGGGAUUACGGGGACUAUGGUGAGUGGCGCUACGGCUACGACAGCGCCGCGUACGGAGGCCAGGGCUACCCGUACAUGACAGGCCAGGUCUACGGCGGCUAUGACAUGACCCGCGGCUACUCUCCGACCUCGACCAGUACCCCAUCCUACAUGAAUGGGUCGUACAGUUCAGCUAUGUACGCCUCUGCACCGUCGCCCUAUUCCAUGAGUCAAGACUCCCGACUCACUAACCCGCUCCUCCGCUCCUUCCUGCAGAUGGCUUCGAUGGCAUCCGUGGGUUCGGUCGGUUCCGUGGGCUCCUCGGCGUCCCACUCCCCCACGCCCAUUAAGUCUGAGACACCCACCCUCCCAGUGUCGUCCCCUGGAGCCUCGAUGCCACCCUCAGCCAGCCACACCACGCCAGCUCCCCCCCCGCCCCUCCCGCCCCGACUGACAGCCCUGUUCCCUCCCGCAGCGGGUGUGAUGAAGCGGGAGUACGCGCCGGGCCAGCCAGGGCAGCAGGACCUGUCGCAGAUGAUCUCCAUGUACCUGCCGGGGUCCCAGGAGCGCCAUGAGCAGCAGAAGGCCGCCGCCGCCGCCGCCUACAUGUCCCACGCACACUACCACGCCCACGCCGCGACUUCCCCCGAGCAGAUGCCGCCCGCACCCAUGCCUCUCACCCACAUGUAACACGCGCGCCCCAGGACUUAAAUGUUUGUGAGGCCGCGCGCCCAUGCGAGCGGCAGAGGGCGAGGGCGAAGAGCGAGGCGAGGGAGCCGCGCCGCCGCCGCCACAGAGCGCCGCCCGCGGAAGCCACCCACCUCCACCCACCACUGCCCAGGAUUUCCCUCGACGCGGGCGUGACGACUGCCGGGUGGGUGCACGGGCGCGUCCCCCAGUCCCCCGUCGGGCGCCGGGUACAGCGGCCGCCCGCCACGUCCCAGGCCCGCCGACGCCCUCAGAGCGCGGCGGCGCCCCCCCGGGCCGGACGCCCGUCGGCCCGCCCGCGAGCGGCGAAGGGCGCGGGCGGCCCGCGCCGCGUGUCACUUCGUACCAGUGAGGCUCGGUCCCUCCUCGGUAGCAGGAACUCUUUUGAAAUGUGAUAAUCGCAUAAAUGUAAUGUUAUGAUGAAUAAAAUAUUAAUAAUAUUAAUGGUGAGAAUAAUUAAAAAAGUGUGUAUGUAAUACUACGUUCUUAAUGCCAUAAUUUAUACGGACGUGUGUGUGUGUGUGUGUGUAUAUGCGUGUAAUGUCUGAGAGGUUCAGGCACAGUGUUAGCUAGAGGCGGCCAUGUGUACACGUGUGUGUGUAUGUGUGCACGCCCGGGGCGGCCGCUCUUGUACAUAUGGAAGUUUUGCGCCCCUGUACAUACCUCCCUCCCCCUCUCACCCCCCUCCCCCUCCCUCACCGGACCGCCGCCGGCCCGUGUUCGCCGCCCGCACCCCGCCGCCCGCACCCCGCCGCCCGCACCCCGCCGCCCACUCCCCGGCCGCCCAUUCAUCGGCCGGCCGCCCACCCUCUCAACCGGGAAACCGCUUGCAGCCGCCUCCUCGCGCGGAGCAAACCCGGGCUGUCCGUGGGCCCCGCGGGCGUGGGUGAAUGGGCGGACAGGAAGCGUGGGCGUGGAAAGGUGAACAUCCCACCUCUGGCGCCUCUCGCUGGCGGCGCAGAGCGCAGCCGACGCCAGCCGGCCCGAGCGAGGCGCCGCCGAGGCAGAAGCCGGACGCAGAGGGCGCCUCGAGAGCUGCCCGGAGGAGGCCAGGAACCCGUGCCCUUUUGCCCAUCUGCCGCGGCGUGGAUGGAUGCCACAAGAAGCGUGGCCUGUUCCUCGAAGGCGGUUGUGACCCCGGCCGCCGCCCACGCCCGCGGGCGGCAUCGACGGCAGCAUCGGCGGCGGCGGCGGCGGGGAGGGGGAGGGGGGCGGGGACGUCGGACGGAGCCGCGGCGUCGGCGCCGAGAGGCCCGUCUACAUCUCUUUUGGCUUUUCUUUUUUUUCUUUUUUUUAUUUGUCUGAUUCUGUAUAUCAUUUGUACAUAACGCACCGAUAUUUGUCUUGUUAUACAACACAGUGGAUGAACCGACGUUUCUUUAUCGUUGGAAAUGAAAAAAAUAAAAAAGAAAUUCAGUGGA